GCCGCCGGGCCUGAAGCCGCCCCGCAGGCCUGCGCGACCCUCGCUGCGGCGCCGCUCCACCGCCUUCACCGCCAUGGACGUGUACCCCUCGCACCGGCUGGGGCUGCUCCGCGCCCGGGCGCCUGGCGGAUUCGGACGCGGGUCGCCUUCCAUCAGCUGCAGCCGACUCCGCCAGGUUCAGAGUAUCUUGACCCAGAGCAGCAAGUCUCGGCCUGACGGGAUCCUUUGCAUCUUAGGAAUUGAUAGCAGAUAUAAUGAAGGCUGCAGAGAGCUGGCAAAUUAUCUUCUGUUUGGUUUAUACAAUCAGAAUACCAGUGAUUUUGAGAAAACAGGAUUUUCUGAAGAGGUUCUAGAUGAUGUAAUUAUGUUGAUUAAAUCAGAUAGUGUCCACCUGUACUGUAAUCCUGUCAACUAUCGCUAUCUCUUACCUUAUGUGGCACAUUGGAGAAAUCUGCAUUUCUACUGCAUGACUGAAAACGAGUAUGAAGAUGAAGAAGCUGCAGAAGAGUUUAAAAUUUCCAGCUUUGUGGAUAUGGUUAGAGACUGUAGUAAAAUUGGCAUUCCUUACAGUUCCCAGGGUCACUUGCAGAUAUUUGAUAUGUUUGUCGUAGAGAAAUGGCCAAUUGUACAAGCCUUUGCACUUGAGGGCAUUGGAGGAGAUGGAUUUUUUACCAUGAAAUAUGAGUUGCAGGAUGUGAGCGUGAAUCUGUGGAAUGUCUACAGCAAAAUGGAUCUUAUGUCUCUCGAGAACUUGCUUUUAGAAGAUUUGGUGGCUUUCGAACAUCAGUGGUCUAACUUCUUCGCUAAUUUUGACACAGAAAUUCCUUUCCUACUGGAACUUUCAGAAUCUCAGGCUGGUGAGCCAUUCAGAAGUUACUUCAGUCAUGGGAUGAUCUCCAGCCAUAUUACUGAAAACAGGCUGAGUGAAGAAAUUGAGGGAGAUACGCCUUCCCUCACUCUCCUCAGAGUGAUCCCGAAGGAGACAGAAGUAGCACAGUGUAUCUCACCAAAGGGGCCUCUUGCAUGUUCAAGAACAUACUUUUUUGGAGCUACUCAUGUUCCUUACUUAGGUGGUGAUGACAAGCUAUCUAAGAAUGAUAAGGUGUCCAAGAAAACUGAACAAAUUAGGCUGUUGUCCCAGAUCUAUGCUGCUGUUAUUGAGGCUGUUUUGGCUGGCAUUGCAUGUUAUGCUAAAACUUCCAGUCUAACAAAGGCAAAGGAGUUAGCAGAGCAGACCCUGGGAUCUGGAUUGGAUUCCUUUGAGUUGGUUCAGUUUAAGACUGCACUACACUCCAAGAUGGCUUUUCAUAUACAUGCUGUGAAUAAUCAGGGAAGAAUUGUGCCUCUGGACAGUGAGGAUAGCUUAUCCUUUGUAAAAACGGCUUGUAUGACUGUCUGUGACAUUCCCGACUUGCUGGGAGGAAGAGGGUGCUUAGGAUCUGUAGUCUUCUCAGAAUCAUUUUUGACAUCUCAGAUCUUGGUUAAAGAAAAGGAUGGCACUGUUACCACAGAGACCAGCUGCAUAGUCCUGACGGCCGCCAUACCCAGAUUCUGCUCCUGGCUGGUAGAAGAUAAUGAAGUAAAAUUGUCUGAGAAAACCCAGCAAACAGUGAGGGAGGAUGAGUGUUUCCUGGGCACUUUCCUAGCAGGAGGAGAAGGAGCAUAUCUUUAUUCCAGCAAUCUACAGCCCUGGCCUGAGGAGGGGAAUGUGCAUUUCUUCUCCGGUGGCCUUUUAUUUUCUCACCGCCAUCAUGGAAAUAUCAUCAUUUCUAAGGAUCACAUGAAUUCUGUUUCUUUCUAUGAUGGGGAUUCCACCAGCAUUGUGGCUGCCCUUCUCAUCAACUUCAAAAGCUCACUGCUUCCCUACCUGCCAGUUCAUUUCCAUGGAUCAGGCAAUUUUCUGAUGAUUGCCCUUUUUCCAAAAUCAAAGAUAUAUCAAGCAUUUUACUCAGAGGUCUUCUCCCCCUGGCAACAGCAGGAUACCUCAGGGCUGUCUUUAAAAGUGAUCCAGGAACGUGGAUUAACUGUGGAACAAAAGAGAUUGCACUCCAGUGCACAGAAGCUCUUCGCUGCCCUGAGUCAUCCCUCGGGGGAGAAGUGGAGUUCUCUAAAGCUGCUCUUAGCCAGGCUCCCAGAGCUGGAUUGGUUUCUCCAGCAUUUUGCUUUCAGCAGCAUUAGUCGGGAGCCUGUGAUGCGGACCCAUCUUCCUGUCCUGUUGCAGCAAGCAGAACUGAGCCCUUCUCACAGAGUAGAGAAUGACAAGGUCAUCAUCAGCAUUAUCACUGGACUCCCAGGCUGUCAUGCCAGUGAGCUCUGUGCUUUUCUGGUCACUCUGCAUAAGGAAUAUGGCAGGUGGAUGGUUUACCGCCAAAUCAUGGAUAGCUCUGAAUGUUUUCAUGCUGCGCACUUCCAGAAAUACCUUUCCAGUGCUCUGGAGGCCCAACAGAACCGUUCUGCCCGUCAGUCAGCUUACAUCCGCAAGAAGACCAGACUCUUGGUGGUGUUACAAGGCUACACGGAUAUGAUUGAUGUUGUACAGGCCCUGCAGACCCAUCCGGAUGCAGAUGUCAGGUCUUCCUUCACCAUCGGUGCUGUCACAGUGUGUGUGGACCCUCUAAGCUGCUACAUGGAACACAGAUUCCUCUUCCCAAAGUGUCUUGACCAGUGUUCACAAGGCCUGGUGAAUAACGUCGUGUUCACAAGUCUCACUGUGGAGCAGAGGCACCCUCUCCUUGUUCAGGUGCAGGACCUCAUCAGGGCUGCCAAUCCCACUGCAGCCUUCAUUCUUGCAGAAAACGGGAUUGUCACCAGGAAUGAAGACAUUGAACUGAUUCUGUCAGAAAAUAGCUUUUCCAGUCCUCAGAUGCUACGAUCUCGAUAUUUAAUGUACCCAGGCUGGUAUGAAGGUAAAUUCAGUGCUGGCUCAGUCUUUCCACUAAUGGUUCAGAUCUGCGUGUGGUUUGGCCGACCCUUGGAGAAGACUCGCUUUGUGGCCAAAUGUAAAGCAAUUCAAUCCUCCAUCAAGCCCAGCCCCUUCUCUGGAAACAUCUACCACAUCCUGGGCAGAGUGAAGUUUUCAGACUCUGAAAGGACAAUGGAGAUCUGCCACAACACACUGGCCAAUUCCCUGAGCAUCGUGCCAGUUUUGGAGGGACCCACACCACCACCAGACUCAAGAAGCACCCCACAAGACAGCAGCGGGCAGCAGGAAUGCUACCUUGUGUUCAUUGGCUGCUCCCUGAAAGAAGACAGCCUCAAGGACUGGCUCCGGCAGUCAGCUAAACAGAAGCCUCAGAGGAAAGCUUUAAAGACCAGAGGAAUGUUGACCCAGCAGGAGAUCAGGAACAUCCACGUGAAACGCCACCUGGACCCUCUCCCUGCAGGCUACUUCUAUAAUGGCACCCAAUUUGUUAACUUCUUUGGUGAUAAGACUGAUUAUCACCCUCUCAUGGACCAGUUCAUGAAUGACUACGUGGAAGAAGCCAACCGGGAAAUUGAGAGAUACAACCGUGAGCUGGACCAGCAGGAGUACCAUGACCUCUUCGAGCAGAAGCCCUAGGGGAAGCUGGUCCCAAGCACCCUCCAGAUGGACAGACAAAUCUAAAUGUCUAACUCCUGCUCUUCCCAGGUCCCCCUGGAGGGGCUCUGUCCUCCUUGCCCCCACAUGCUGGCUUGAGUGCAUGUUGUCCUUGUUCUCUGCAGCACUGGGGCAGAGGAGCUUACAGUCCAGGCCUCUGGCUUCUGCUAGCAGUGUUUCCCUUGGGUUACUGAAGCAUAGGAUAGGGUGGGGAGAAACACUGGGAUUGUACUGAGGACUUAGAAGGCACGUGGGCUGCCCAAACUGCAGCUGAGCCUAGGGUGCCCCUACCCAGGUCUCAGAUGGCGCCCCAAGAAAGCCCUCAUCCCCAGUAUUGUCUGUGGCCCCUGCUUAGGCCCUUCUAUUGAAGGAGCUGGCCCUGCUGGCCCUGGGCCCAUUCUGGGGGGAGUGGCACAAGACCUGCCUCAGCACAAACCAUGGAGCCAGCAGCUUCGGCUGAGAGCCCAGCAUGCCCUCCAGGAGGGGAUUCCCCCAUGGCACACAGCUGAGGGCAAGGUAUGAGGCUUUCCAGAUGUGCAUGGCCCUCACAUUGGCAUGGGCAGACACCCUCUGAUUGGUUCUGGAGCCCUGCAGCAUUGCUUGGUGUCCCUAAUUCAGGGAGGAGACUAGGCCUGCUGUCUCAGACACUGUCUCCAGCACUCUGCCUUGCCAGGGAAGGCCUGCUUCUUAGCCAGACUUCAGGAAAUUCAUGGCCACCAG